GCCAUAUUGGAAAAUAAAAAAGUGCGCAUCUCGAAGGCCUACGUUAUGUCCUGUCUGCGUUUGCAAAAGUUGUUUUCUUCGCAUCUUUUAUGUUUUUCCAUUUGUAAACAUGUUGUGUGCGGUGUUUCUGUGCGCUAGUCAGUCGAGAUACUAAGAGUCGUGCUGACAUGUCCAUUCCAACAGGUGGCAUAGAAAUAUUCUUCGGGGAAAGGGAAACUUUUCCCUAAGAGGACCUUUUGACAACUAGCCUUCACAUGGCCCGUGCUACUUUUCUGAGAGUUGUGACCCACUUAAAUGUUUUGCUCUCGGCAAGUUUCUCCAUGUGAGCAAUGUCCUAGCCCAUGUGCUGAUGUUAUGUUAUAAAGGCGAAGGUGCCAUACGUCAGUUUUGCCUGUUGGGUGAUGCCAGACUGUGGAUCAGAAGGAGAACAUGUCCAGUAAGAAACCAGCAUACAUCAACAAAGCUCCUCCAGCCCAUGCCGAAGCAGUGGGCCCUCCUGCGGCUGCUCCUCCAAGAUACCAGCCACCACCUCAAGUCAACCAAGCCCUUCCAGGACCUGUUGCAGGGCCUGUCCCUGCAGGGCCUGGCCCCAUCCCAGGGAGUGGGCAGAGCGUUCAGGGCCCGGGCAUUCUCAAGCACUACCACGCUCAGGCAGCUCCACCUGCACAACCUUCUCCACUUCCCCAGCCGCCCCCUCCCAUCUCCAAAGAUGCUGUCAAGCCUAGCCCCCUUGAAGGGAAUGGAAAGCAGCCACUCAUGAGAGCUCCGUCAUAUCCGCAUCCACCUCAGUACCCUGCACCUCCUGCCGUGUCAGGACGGCGACCAAAUCCGAUUGUGGGUCUGCCUGGACCACAACGACCAAAUGACGAAGAACUUCUGCGACUUGGCCCUGUUGAGAUGCUUAAAUUUGUCCGCAAAUCGGAGAGUGAGGCUGCAAGAGCAGCUGCGGAACAGGGCCAAGCUGCACGGGUUGCUGCAGAACAAGGCCAGGCUGCGAGAGAAGCUGGGCGACACAUGCAAGGCUUGGCAUCAGAAGUUAGAUCCCUGAAGGAAGCUAAUCAACGAUUGAGUGAUGACAACCAGGAACUGCGUGACUUGUGUUGCUUCCUAGAUGAUGAUCGUCAGAAAGGAAGAAAGCUUGCCAGAGAAUGGCAACGCUUUGGCCGCUACACUGCUAGUGUUAUGAGGCAAGAAGUUUCUGCCUACCAAAACAAGCUUCGGGAGCUGGACACAAAACAACAUGAACUGAUAAAAGACAAUUUAGAGUUGAAGGAACUUUGUUUAUACCUUGAUGAAGAGCGUAAUCAGCACCAAGUGUGCCCUCAUUGUGGAACUGGUUUGAGGCCGUCUCAAGCAUUACGUGAUGAUGGCGAUGGAAGCAGCUCAAGUACUAAUGCAGAUGAGCCCGCUAUUCCAUCUCAAUUUGUUGCCCCAAAUACAAACCAGCCGUUUGGCUCUGCUCCGGGAAGUGCACCUGUCAUUGGGGUCCCUUUCAAUGGUCCUGCCACUCCCACUCCUAGUAACAUGAGUGUAAGAAGAACCGAAAGCAGAGAGAGACUUCUUGAGGAGAGUAUACAGCGUCAAAGAACUGUAUUCAAUGAUCAAAUGAUGCAAUAUGUCCGAAGCCUUGAACAAAGAGUGAAAACACUGGAAGAGGAGAAGAGGAUUCUUUGCCAGACAUUGUGUAGUGCUGGCAUCAGUCCAGAUCAAGAGCGCCCAUCAGGAUGGGAUUUAGUUGACCCAAGUUCACGCCCUGAAGCUGUGGUGCAAGCUCUUCAAGUGUUAGAAGUUCGGGAGCAAGUUGAACGGAUUGUCCCACCUGGUACGCCCACUUUAAGCAGCUCUGUAUCAUCGGUCUCCAAUGGAGUUGAAGGACCAGUUCUGGAUAUGGAUGAUGGAGAAAAGGCUCUUGUGAGAGAAAUGUGUAAUGUUGUCUGGAGAAAAUUGGAAGAAGGACCGCCUGUAAGGAGAUAAUAGAAAUGUAGCAGGGCCUGAAGAAAUGAAACUUCUGCACUUUUAAUCUGAAGUGUAUUGAAACAGAAGCAGAUAUUUGUGAAUGUGCUUUCUAUCAAUAAUGUAAAAGAACUGGAAAAGACAACUGCAGUUUUAACUUGUACAAAAUUGGAGAUUUUAUCUGAUUAUUCGUAGCUACUUGUACUAUUCUUUGUGAACAAAUUAGUUAGAACAAGAUAUGUUAAUUUCUUGUUGUGCAUUACACUUUUACCUGUGCAGGUUGUUAUUUUAGUUUUUAUACCAUGUGUAGAAGUCCUCCUGUGAUGAUGUUUGCAUUGAAACAUUUCCAACUCUAUUUAAGAUCAAUAUUUUUAAAGCUGAAAUGUGUGGUUGUAUUUAUGUGGUCUUUGGUCCAUUGCAUUUUUUAAUUUUUUACUAUUGAGUCCUAUCCUGUAACAAUUCCAACUUGAUGCUUGAAGCAUUUUGUUGCAGUGAUCUUUCAGGUAUGGAGCUGUAGAGCUUCGUUAUUUUUGUCUAAUUUUUCUAUGUGUUGUGGCAAUUUUCUGAAACUCUUCUGAGCUGCAUGACUGAGAUCUCACUAUUUUAUUUACUUUUGUGUAUUCUUGCCAAUUAUAGUAUAGAAAAGAUAUUUUCAUAAAUUCUUUAUACAUGUUUUUCUACUCUGUUCCUCUCUUUAACACAUGACUGUUUUGUACAUAACUUGUUAUGUGGAUGGUGUAAAGUUUCUGUUAAUUAUUUGUCCGAAGCUAGCCCACCAAUUUUUUUCUAGCAGUUCAUAUACUUGUACUAUGUACUGUCUACAUAGUACAAUUGUUAUAUUUUGUACUAGGCUGUACAAAGCCGUAUGUUUUUCUUCAGAUGUAUUUAUUUUUUCUUGUAUUGAUGUUUUGUACAAAUAAUAUUUAUUACUUAACUUGCCAUUGUAAUGACCCCUGUAAAAAAAAUGUUACUUUUAUGCUGACACCCUAACUAUUGUUCUAGAAUGCCCCCUUUUGUUACCUGUGUCAAAAAUUACACUGUUAGAGCCAUGUUGAAUAUGGCUUGGUGGUAUUUCGGAUUGUGAUACAUGUGUGCCAAUAUUGCAGUAUUGCUAAUUUAUCUGUCCCUAAUGCUUUCCAUCUGAUGUUCUCUUUUCUUUUUUUCUAUUUUUAAUGGUUUUUGCUUUUAAACAUGAAGAUUCCAUGUUAACCUCUCCCACUGAGUUUAGUGAAAAUUGUGUUAUGUAUGUAUCAAUUUAGAAGUAAAAGUAAGUGUGAUCAGUACAAAUGCAAGACAAUCCUCACCGAAAUAUAAGCUGAUGUGGGUCAGAACAUACACUCAUUAUCAUCACUGCAUGUGGUAACUUAUCCAAAAUACAUAUUCUAUUUCUCAUUUUAUUUUUUCUGAAAUAAAACUGUUAUUAUCAUUCUUGUUCUUCCUCAAUGCACUUUGCGAACGAAUGUUAAUGUACCCAUGCCACCAAAAUCUCGCAGACAUGCUUAGUACUUUGUAUCAACUCCCCCAUGCCCACCUUUCUGGCGCAUGCUCAAAGCAUUCCAGUUUUUAGCCAGAAAAAUACCGUUUAGGGCCAAAAUGGUGUUCGAAAUAGCGUCAAGAGCCUUGAGAGAGUGCCUCGAAAGAACAUCCUCUCAUUUUUGUCAUUUAAAAUUUUUGGCCAAAAACGGUAAAACACCAUGAUGUUUUAGCGUUUUUUUGUUUUUUUUUGCCGAAAAUGCCCGACUACCUCAGAUUUGUCUGAAAUUCAUAUGAAACGUUGCAAUGGGUCUGAAAAACAUACUAUGCCCAGUGCUUAGUGGUCUUUGACACAUUCUAUUUGGGGUGAAAAUUACUUUCCCCCCAAGAUGUCAGUUGAGUUCUGGUGCGGUGGAGUUGUCUGUGGAUGAUGGUUUGCCUACCUUUCCCGCUCUUACUCAAAUAAUUCAAGUUUUUCACCAGAAAAAUACAGUUUAGGGCCCCCUUUCGGCUCCUGACAAAUUCAUCCCAACUUGAAAGAGCUGUGGGACCUGCGGAAACAAGGCCAUUCAUUUCGGUCCAAGAAUUAACGUAUUUGCCGUAGGCAGUCCCCGACGUUGGAAGUGUAACUGUUUCCUUCAGGGCUUUCUGUGUUAGCCUUCAGUUCAGGCACAAGGAUACAAAAUAGUAUCACAAAUAGUUAAUGUAGAGUAAUGUAAGGUUUAUUAGUGAACUCCAAACCAUCAGUCAAAUAGAUAUAAUUGAACAGGAUAUAUAUUUGAUUCUUGAAUGCUUAAAAGGGAUACUAAACAAAUAAAAUAUUUCCAAUGAUACAAAACUUAAUCUAGUGAACAUACAUUAUGAACGACAAAGAAAAGUAACCACUCCCUCACCUACAUGAUUAAUAAAAACAAAAACCGGUGGAACUGGGCCGCCCAGCAAAUGCCAGAUGACCUAGUUAAAAAACUGGAAUGGUAUAAGGCAUGAAUGUAUAAUGUGAACCACAAAAUAAACAUGUGUAAAAACAAAACCUACAUUGCAUUUUUAUUUUUUUUGGAUUUUCUUUAUUUUAUUAUUUUUUUUUCGUACGUAUGAGGAGUCAUACGCGUGUUUA